GUCGUCGGGCAUAAUUGUUUAGUGGGUUCGUAGUGACGCUUUCACAAACAAAAGAAAGUUGUGUUUUUUCGCAAAUAUCGCGCAUAUUUGCAAUCUCACGUAUCCGGUGGUGUCUCCAGGGGCAUUAGAGAUUGUAUGAUAAACAUAACCUCAAAUUCAUCCGUCAAAUUUGUGGCGACCUCGGAGAAAGUGAACGCUUCCCAAAUUCCGGGAGUGUUGUUGAGUGCAAAAGGGGCGCGCGCACGAAAAUGUCUAUUGAUACGAUAAAGUGGAAUCAAGUGGUGGGCACAAAGGGGCCUCAACCUAGACCGCGUCACGGGCACAGGGCGGUGACCAUAAAGGACCUUAUAAUUGUCUUUGGGGGCGGAAAUGAGGGGAUUGUUGAGGAAUUGCACGUAUACAAUACUUCCACAAAUGGAUGGUAUGUUCCGAGUAUGCAGGGCACUGUGCCCCCGGGGUGUGCUGCUUUCGGGAUAGUGGCCCUGGGUACGAGAAUUCUCAUUCAUGGUGGUAUGAUCGAGUAUGGGCAGUACUCGGAUGAGAUGUAUGAGCUUCAAGCUACAAAGUGGGAAUGGAAGAAGCUGAGUGUGAAACCACCAACAAAUGGACCUGCUCCGUGUCCGCGACUAGGACACAGCUUCACUCUUGUUGGUGAAAAGAUCUUCAUGUUUGGUGGACUUGAGAAUGAAAGCAACGACCCGAAGAACAAUAUCGCCAAAUAUCUCAAUGACUUUUACACACUAGACCUCCGCAAUGAUCAGCUACAGUGGGAAAUGCCCAUGACUUUCGGUGGAGGUCCAUCGGCUCGCGAAAGUCACAGCGCCGUAACUUAUGUCGAUGCAAAAACCCAAAAAACCAGCCUCAUCAUCUAUGGCGGUAUGGAUGGGCGUCGGCUGGGUGAUCUGUGGAUUCUCGAUACGCACACAAUGGCAUGGACAUGCCCACGGAUGUACGGGCCCGUCCCAGAGCCACGGUCUCUCCAUACAGCCAGCAUAAUUGGCAAUAGGAUGUUCAUCUUCGGUGGCUGGGUACCUCUGAGCUAUCCCAUGGCCACGGGUGAGAUCGAAUGGAAGUGCACGAAUACAUUGGCAUGCCUCAAUCUUGACACUAUGAUGUGGCAGGACUUUUCUGGCAUUAUGAACAACCUCAUGGAGAAUGUACCACGCGCUAGAGCUGGACACUGUGCCGUUUCCAUUCACUCACGCCUUUACAUCUGGUCCGGACGCGAUGGCUACCGCAAAGCGUGGAACAAUCAAGUUUGCUGCAAGGAUCUGUGGUAUCUGGAAGUAGAGGUUCCACCACAAGUACCCAAACUUCAAGUACGUAGCCUCGGACAGGAGAAAAUGGAGGCAACUUGGUCCGCUGUACCCACAGCUAAAUGGUACAUUCUCGAGAUUGAACGAAUCCCGGAUCCACCACCUCCACCAAAAGUGGAGCCUCCGAAGGUGACUCUUGCGAAAGCACCUGAAAUUGUGCCAGUGGCUGCUCCAAUUGUUGCCCGUACGCCAGUGAAGGUGACUGCAACGGCAACACUGGUGAGCCAAGCGGAAGUCGUAACGGCGGCACCAAAGAUCGUGACAUCCAGCCCGAAGAUACAAAUUGUUCAGAAUAGUGCCACAAGUAGUAGUGGUGUAACGAGUGUUAUGCAGCCCCAAAUGGGAACACUGGUGCAGACAAGCCAGGGCAUUAAGAUAAUUCGAACGACAGGACCAGCAGCGAAUGUAGUUGCUGGUGGAAAGGGGAUCAUUUCAACGGUCACCACACAGGGUGGGGCCACUGUUUUCCCCGGGAAAGUCUUCAAAAUUGCCACAGCAACACAACAGGUUGGUGGUACGGGGACAACUACAGCCGGGAGGAAUGUCAUUCUCUCUGGUCAGCGUCCGAUAAUCAUAAAAAUGGGCAACAACACCACAACCACGGCUAUUCGACCGCAACAGAUAAUUCCAGCUUCCAGUGGUACUGGCGCCAAGACGUACACUAUUCAGCUGCCACAGAGUGUCACCAGCGGAGGCACAACCAUUGGGACGGGACAGCAGAAGAUCAUCAUGAUUCCGGCUCAGUCAAAGGCAACCACAGCUCCUGGUAUUGUGACGACAAUUGGUGGUCAAAUUGUAAACAAGGUGGUCACGGAAGGGACAACAAGCAAUCAAGAAGUAAAAUCCGAGCCGAUGGAUCAGCUCGAUGGGGCUUCAGAUUGGAUGGAGCUAAUUGAACGGAGUCAGCGAAGGGAGCAGGGUGGUGACAUAGGUGUUGCAAAUAGGAACAGAAAGGGGACACACAAGAGGAAUCCAAGGUACGUGAGGAUGGGUCUAUUUGGCGGUGGUACCUCACCGGGUGGCCAGAAUGAUGACUCAGAGGUGGAAAGUGUUCAGAAAAAUUCUCUCGAUGCUCUGGCUUCUGUUGCUGUGGAGGCAUCAUCUACAAAAUCCGACAGCAAAUGGUGCACAGUGGGCUUUUACAGUGAACUCACGGCCAUCCUCACGAACUAUGUGGAUUUUGGCGAAUGGAAUUCUGGUAUGGUGGAAAAAAUGACGGACGAUAGUGUGCCGGACCUUACGACAAAGACGAGAGUCCCGCUGGAGUCGGGUGUAUCCUAUCGUUUCCGUGUGGCGGCAAUAAAUGGUUGUGGGCGCGGGGAGUGGAGCAAACCUGUAACACUCACCCUGGGGCUGCCGGGGCCACCAACAAAUAUUCGUGUUAUGAAAACGGCAUCCGGGGCAUGCUUGGCGUGGGAAGUGCCACCGGCAACGGAAUCAGAUAUCCUCGAUUAUUCCGUGUAUUUGGGUGUUCAGCCGAAGGGGCCGCAGAAGCCAGCGAGUGUGGCCAAUAUUCCCUUCGUUAAAGUCUACUGCGGACGCGAGAAGACGUGUCUCGUGCCAAAUCGCAGUCUUGCUACAGCUUUCAUUGAUCGCACCAGCAAACCUUCGAUUCUCUUCCGGAUAAAUGCCCGCAACAAUAAUGGUUCCAGCCGACCGACGCAAAUUAGGUGGAUUCAGGAGGAUCUCGCUAAACUCACGGGCACUCCAUCGGCGGGAGCAUCCCCACAAGAUGGCAGCCCGGCAAAUAAACAACGCCGAACCCUCUAAAUCAGGUGCGAUGAUCUCCCCAUUCUGUUUUUGCUUAUUUUACCUUAUAUUGUUUUAACUUUUCGGAAUUUGUUACAUCAAACUUACACCUAUUAUAUUGAAUAAAAAACUCCCCAUCCCCUCUCCCCACCACAAUUGUGCGUAGCCCUCGUAGAAGUGCGUUUGAAAUUUUAUUAACGCUAAAUUGGCUAAAAAAAAGAAAAAGAAAAAUAGAUAAGUAUCCCCUCAGAUAAGGAAAAAUGCAGCACCUAGAAGCUUCGCCCCUUCUGCACUGAUAUGCAGAUGUGUAAUCCUCUUAUAGGACUAAUUUCGAUUUAUUAAAUUACUUGUAUUUUAGAUAACUCGAGCGAUGGUAUGUAACUGGACAUUUUCUACAAACUAGCAAAGCGUUAUGAUUCUUUUUUUUUCGUGAAGAAAUUAAACAAAAAAAAAAUACUACAAUAUUCUUCAAAGUAAAUUCAAUUUUAUGUAGAGAAAGAAAUAAAAUAAAGAAAAUGUAUAAAA